UCUCUCUCUCUCUCUCUCUCACACACACACACACACACACAGUGGGAGAGACCGCUUCUUUUGUAAACAGUUGCAAUGUGACGUGCUUGGAAAGUAAGUGAGCGCCAGGGUGAAUGCCACUAUACACUCCUCAGCAGCUGAAAUUGGGCUAAAGAUGGAUCUCAUGCGCAUUUUGCUACCUGCUAUCCUCUGCUACCUAUGUGUAAGCCUUGUGGGGGCCCAAAUAGUCCUGCUGAAUGACAUGUAUGGAACCGUGCAAUCGCCAAACUUUCCCGAGCCUUACCCAAAGGAGAAAGAGAUCCAGUGGAAUAUCAGCGUUCCAGAUGGAUAUCAGAUUCGCCUCUACUUUAUGCACUUUGACACUGAGCCAUCAUACCUGUGUGAGUACGACUAUGUGAAGGUGUACUCAGAGACAGAGGAGCUGGCAGUGUUUUGUGGCAGAGAGAGCACAGACACUGAACGGGUUCCAGCUGAUGAGGUUAUCUUGUCUCCAGGGAGCAUGCUCAGUAUGGCAUUUCGCUCAGACUUUUCUAAUGAGGAACGGUACUCUGGGUUUGAAGCACAUUACAGUGCAGUAGAUAUAGAUGAAUGUAGGGACAAAAACGAUGAAGAUCUUGCCUGUGAUCACUUCUGCCAUAACUACAUUGGUGGCUACUACUGCUCCUGUCGCUAUGGAUACCAGCUUCAUUCUGACAACAGAACCUGCAAAGUGGAGUGCAGUGAUAGUGUGUUCACUGAGCGUUCUGGACACUUUACCAGUGCAGAUUUUCCAAAGCCAUACCCUAAAAGCUCAGACUGUUUAUACCGGAUCGAGUUGGAAAAGGGCUUUCUGGUCAGUCUGGAUUUUGAUGAUAGCUUUGACAUUGAGGACCACCCAGAAGUCAUGUGUCCAUAUGACCACAUUAAGAUUCAGGCGGGAGAAAGAGAGCUAGGUCCGUUCUGUGGAGAUCAUUCCCCUGGCAGGAUCCAGACUGAAAGUAAUAUUGUAAACGUCUUGUUUCACAGUGACAACUCGGGAGAGAACCUGGGCUGGAAAAUCACAUACACUGCUACAAGCAGUGAGUGUCCAGUACCUGUAGUGCCCCCAAAUGGUCAUUUGGAGCCACUGCAGUCUCAAUACUUCUUCAAAGAGCACAUCACAGUGGCCUGUGACCCUGGAUACACACUGCAAAAGGAUGGAGAGGAAUUUGAGCACUUUCAGAUACAGUGUCAGACAGAUGGAACUUGGAGCAGCAGUGUACCUAUUUGUGAAAUGGUUGACUGUGGGCCUGUAGAUGGAUAUGGAGGAGAUGUGGUGUAUAAAAGCUCCAGUAACAGUACUACAUUUGGGUCCAGGAUUCUGUACGGCUGCAGAAGUUCUCUUAGAGACCACAGUAUGUAUACAUGUGAUCAGAGUGGUCUGUGGGUGGGAGAGGAUGGAACCACAUUGCCCUCGUGUCAAUCAGAUCUGGAGAACACUACACAGUCAAUGUUUGAAUCCCAGCUUCCUAGUCCAACAGUUAGAAUCCAACCUGCAUGUGGCGAAGCUUCUCGGCCCUUUCCGUCCCAGCAGAAGCGUAUCGUGGGUGGACGACCUGCAUCCCCUGGUCUGUUCCCCUGGCAGGUGCUCCUCUCUGUAGAAGACACCUAUCGUGUACCUGAGGGGCGUUGGUUUGGAAGUGGUGCGCUUUUGUCCCUGUCCUGGGUUCUCACAGCUGCUCAUGUGCUCCGCUCUCAGCGCAGGGACUCCUCCAUCGUGCCUGUCGCCCCCGAACACGUACGUGCCACCUUGGGGCUUACAGAUGUCCGUGACAAACGGCUGGCCUUCAACCAUUCAGUGGAGAGGCUUGUCCUGCACCCACACUUCGACCCACGUAACUAUGACAAUGACAUCGCUCUGGUCAAACUCAGCCAGGAGGUGGUACUGAACAAGGUAGUGAGGCCUGUGUGUCUUCCCCCACCAUGGGUCAGAGGUCAGGCUCCCACUCCACUGCCCAGCAUGCUAGGUGUGGUUGCUGGAUGGGGGAUCAACACAGCCAAUGCCUCCAUUUCAGACAUUGGGCUGACCUCAGAUCCUGGUGUUGUGUCUGAGAUGUUGCAGUAUGUGAAGUUGCCAGUUGUGCCACAGGAGGAGUGCGAAGCCAGCUAUGCAUCACGCUCAGUUAACUAUAACAUUACUGACAACAUGUUCUGCGCCGGGUUCUAUCAAGGAGGUCGUGACACCUGUUUAGGAGACAGCGGAGGGGCAUUUGUAAUUGAGGAUCCCCAUAGUGGGAGAUGGGUAGUGCAGGGGCUUGUUUCCUGGGGCGGCCCAGAGGAGUGUGGGAGUCAGCGGGUGUACGGGGUGUAUACUCGAGUGGCAAACUAUGCCUUCUGGCUGCACACACAGAUGGACACAGAGCGCUGGUGGUAAGGGAAGGAGGGAUGGAUGAGACAUUUAUCUCCAUUCAGUCCUACCUUUCUUGUACAUUCUUAUUCAUUGUCCAUUAGGGUUGGGAGUGGGAGGUAUCCAUGUUUUUUGCCAUCAAACAGUGCCCAAAUAUUAUUCCAGUGUAAGCUAUUAUUAGUAAAUGAGAUGAAGAAGAUGAAAAAGUAAAACAGUGGCUCCCACAAUUUUCUUUUUCCCUUUAAGGUUUAUUAUUCAGGAAAUACACAGAAUCAAACUGGUUAAAUUGCUCUUAAGUGACAGAAUUGAGAAUUGGAUUCUUGGACUAGCAGUUAAACUGUCAGUCUAUUAACAACUGAUAAAUAUUAAGUUGGACAGUAGAAUGGUGCUGGCUGUGGUGCUAGUGCUAACCUAGCUAGGAAGAUAACAGUUCCACACAUCAUAUGACAGGUCUGAUCCCAAGUUGUUUGUUCACUCCUUCAUAUUUGAGUCUUUGUCUGCCAAACUUGUGUUUAUUUUACUUCAACGCCUACUGUGUUGUGUGAAGCUGUAAGCCUACUAGCUAGGUUAACAUUAGCACCACAGCAAGCACCACUCUAUUGUCCUAGUUAACACUAUUUAACAUUUGGCAACCAUUAUUGUUAGGUUGAUGGUUUAACAUUGAUAGAAUUAUGAAUUAUAAAUCAUAUACCGUAUUACAAUUAUACCCCCCAACCUGUUCUUCCAUAAAUUUUAUGCAUGCCGCAUUACCAUACAUGUCAAAAUAUGGCAUUAUGUGUACCAUCUUUUCUUUUGAAUAUCUUUAUAUUCUACAUAAUAUUUUGAAUAUAUAUGUUUUUUGUACUCUGUGAUCCCAGUGAUGAAUAACUGUAUAACACCAGAAAUAAGCUGUGACCUAAAACAGUGUGUUCUGCCUCAUGUAUCUUUUUAACUCAUGACACCUUUGAACUGAAUCACAAACAUAUAUAUCGGCUAUUUUAUACUCCUUGAUCUUGGAAAUGAAGUUGCAAGGAAUUUCGUCCAAAUAAAAUCAUUAAUAUUUGUAUUCUUCAAA